UCCCUCCCCAGCCGGAUAAAAAACCACGCGCCCGUGGACGCGACGCGACACGGCCCGCCCAGCUCCUCGCCCCUCCCUCCGGGUCCUCGUACCCCGACGAGCCGCUCUCCUCCGGGUAGCUCUCCGGUUGCACGCGCGCGCACCGCCCGCCUUGGCGCCAUGGCGGCUGCCGCGUCGGCGGUGGCGCUGGCGCGGCACCACGCCCUCCUCCCCGCGCCACCCUCCUCCUCCGCCCGGAGCGGUGCGCCGGUCUGCUGCGCCCUGCGCCCGCGCCGGCGCCGCCCGGCGCCCACGCGGCUCGUGACGGCAGGGAGGAGGAGGAGGGGGAGCGGCUUCCGGGCGCCGCGCGCGGGGAUGGACAUGGACCUCGCUAGCGGCGCCGUGGAGGUGAUCAACGACCUGGGCUUCGACACGCUCACCUUCCUCGGCGUCACGGUGCUCGUCAUCCCCGCCUUCCGCGUCGUCAGGGCCAGCCCAAUUCUCGGCUUCUUCUGCGCCGGCGUCGUGCUCAACCAGUUCGGCCUCAUCAGGAACCUCACCGACGUCAAGCUCCUGUCCGAGUGGGGGAUCCUUUUCCUGUUGUUUGAGAUGGGGCUGGAGCUCUCCCUGUCUCGCCUCAAGGCUCUUGCGAGGUUCGCCUUCGGGAUGGGCUUGCCUCAGGUUCUUUUGUCAACCCUCGCUUUCACGGCGUUCGAGCUUCCUCCUAACGGUGCCAUAGGAACAAAAAUCCUGCAGUUCCUAUUCAAUUCAAGACCUGAUCUGGUGAACAUCAGAAGCAUUGACGAAGCAAUAGUAAUUGGAGCUGCCCUAUCACUAUCUUCGUCAGCUUUUGUUCUUCAGCUUCUUGCUGAGAAAGGUGAACUUCCAACAAGAUUUGGUUCAGCUACACUGGGAAUCCUCCUCCUGCAGGACAUUGCAGUUGUCCCCCUGUUGGUUAUACUCCCUGUGCUAGAGAGUCAGAACAUCGUGGAGCAAAGUGUGUGGCCAAUUUUACUAGCUGAAAGCUUAAAGGCACUGGGAGGACUUGGCAUACUUUCACUUGGUGGGAAAUACCUCAUGAGACGUGUCUUUGAGUUUGUUGCAGAGUCAAGGAGCUCGGAGGCAUUUGUUGCACUCUGUCUUCUAACCGUCGCAGGGACAUCACUUAUCACCCAACAGUUAGGGUUUAGUGAUACAUUAGGUGCAUUUCUGGCUGGAGCCAUUCUCGCAGAAACAAAUUUCCGUACACAAAUUGAAGCUGACAUAAGGCCAUUCAGAGGCCUGUUGCUUGGGUUGUUCUUUGUGACUACAGGGACUUCCAUUGACAUGCAGCUUCUCAUCCGGGAGUGGCCUAAUGUUCUAUCACUGUUGGGAGGUCUUAUUGCAAUCAAGACAUUGAUAAUUACCGCAAUUGGGCCAAGAGUUGGACUGACUCUUCAAGAAAGUGUACGGAUAGGAUUGCUACUUUCUCAAGGAGGCGAGUUUGGGUUUGUGGUGUUUUCUUUGGCAAACAGGCUCGGUGUCCUACCACUGGAGUUAAACAAACUGCUCAUAAUUGUUGUUGUGCUGUCAAUGGCAUUAACUCCACUACUCAAUGAAGUUGGAAGACGAGUAGCAGGGAUCAUUGAUGAAAGUGCUGAAGAAAAAGAAAAACCUGCUGAGAUGAGGAAUUAUGGUGCCACCGAACCUAUUGUAAUUGUUGGUUUUGGAGAGAUGGGACAGAUCCUUGCAAAAUUUUUAUCUGCACCAUUAUCGUUUGGGCUUGAUCAAGACGCAGAAGGAUGGCCAUAUGUUGCAUUUGAUCUAAAUCCUGCUGUUGUAAAGUCAGCUAGAAAAUCAGGAUUUCCUGUGCUAUACGGAGAUGGUUCACGCCCUGCAGUUCUGCAAUCUGCUGGCAUAACAUUUCCAAAAGCUAUCAUGGUUAUGUAUACCGGAAAGGAAAAAACUAUUGAGGCCGUAAACAGAUUGCGGCAAGCUUUCGCUGCGGUUCCAAUAUAUGCUAGAGCCCAGGACCUUUCACAUUUGUUAGAUCUUAAGAAAUCAGGUGCAACAGAUGUUGUCCUAGAAAAUGCUGAGACUAGCUUGCAGCUAGGUUCAAUACUUUUAAGAGGAUUGGGCGUCAUGUCUGAUGAUGUAUCCUUCUUGAGUACGCUUGUGAGAAAUUCAAUGGAGGUACAGGCUCAAGAAGCACUAAAAGACAUUGGGAACAAGGAAGUUGAUAUCAUGAAGCCUCUUCAGGUAAGAGUAUCAGACUUAGUGGACGGCAAUGGGAACAGUUCGAGAAUGAUAGCCAAGGAGCAGUCACUAAGUUUAAGUAGUCGCCCAGAUUUGGAAAUAAUAAAACCACCUGUGGGGAAUUGGAUACCUGAUAUGAAUGUGGAAAAGGACCAGCCAGGAUAUGACUUUGACGGAAUAGAUUCUGCAGAUGGUGUGACAUAUUGUCUAAUGGAAUCUGAUGACGAUAGUGAUGAAGCCUCGGGUGCAAGCAAGAAAAUGAUCGAUCAAUCUGCGUAAUGGUAAGGAAUCUUCAGAAUGAAGAUAGGAAGAUAGUCAAUUUGAACUUGCUAGGAUCAAGUUCAUAGUUUACUCCUAGGCCGAUCAGAAGCAGCACGUUCUUGUGCAGCACCUGUGGCUUCAGAAUCAUGCAUUGCAUCAGCACCUGUGGCUUCAGAAUCAUGCAUUGCAUCCAAAGACUGAGUUUGUCAAGACUAAAGUACUGAAUUUAUGUUGUGACAUAUGGAGUGUCAAUCAUAAACUCAUCACGGAUGAAGAAAUUUAGAUCUGACAUAUUGGUGCUGGGAAGCAUGCAACUUGCUAAUGCGGUUGAGCACCUGCAGGACUAUGGCAAAUGUCAGAAUGGACUAUCGAUAUUUCAUAGUUCAGAAUAGAAUUUUCCACAGGGCAAUUAUUUGUGAAGAUCCAGUGACAUUUAUGAUACACUGUGAUCGAUAGACACACAUUCUUGUACCAUAUCCGCACCUCAUUAUGAUCCUGUGUAUACUAGACCGUACAUUCCUGUGUAUCAUCAGUUUAUAUACACGAAAAAGAAAAACAGAACCAUCAUUCAGCAGUUGCUGAAUUGUGCCAGGUCAGGCUAUCUUUACUGAAUAAACAAGGAAUCUUUCAAGCCUGCA